GGUAAACAGGAAGUCACUACAGGUGCGGGGACACACCCACAGAAACCUGAAGCUCCCGGAAAAACGUUUCCUUUCUCUGGUGCGUCGACCAGUUUCCCCAUAUUCAGGACGGAUAGACAUUUGUGAACAUCUCUACCGGAGUGAAGCCUUCUUUUUAAAGACACGUCGUCUAAUAUGUCGUCUUUGUAACGUAUUUCUGCUAUAUAGGCUAUAUAUAUAUAUAUUUAGUUUUACUCGCAGGUUGAAUUCGUUGACUGGAAUCACCUCGACCAGGCCUGCAGGUUCACCUCGGAAAACAGCCUCAGAAAAAGUCCAAGGAGUUGGGGCAAAAAAUAGUUCAGGUGUUUUGGUUUUGAUUGUAGCAUUUGGUCCAGGUAUUGACCCCUGAUGGACUACAUGGACAGUGGACUGAGAUACACCCCAAAGUCGGACAAAGACUGGGACAACUCUGUCCAGUUCCUGCCAGCAUCGGAUAACAAAAAGUUUGAGAAGAAAAAGGUCCCGGGGAAAGUGGGGGCUGUGAUCGGUGUGGUGGUCUUUGCUGCCGUUGUUGCGCUUAUGACCGGACUGCUGGUCUGGCAUUUCCACUUCCGUAAAGAUGUGCGACUCAAGAGGAUAUACAGCGGCUCCAUGCGGAUCACCAACCAGGUGUUCGAUGACUCGUACGAGAACUCCAACAGCUCUGAGUUCAAGGCGCUGGCGAAGCAGGUGCUGUCACAGCUUAAAUCUAUCUAUUCCAAAAGUCCACAGUUGGGCAAAUACUAUGUUGGUUCUACGGUUCAGGCUUUCAGUGAAGGCAGUGUUAUUGCCUACUACACGUCUGAGUUCAAAGUCCCUGCGGGCCAAGAGACAUCUGUCGACUCUGCCAUGUCUAACUUGGGUAAGCUAGUGGACAAAGAGCAGCGUAGCUUGACGAGACCUACCAACUCUCUGGUCGUUGCAGAUGUGGUGUCUUCAGCACUUGAUACCCGACUGUUUUCAACAUCCUUCAGCAGAUUUUUUAGGUUUUCCGAACAUACAAGGACCAAUAAAAUACAGCAGAUCCAGUCCCCUGGUUUCCCCAACAGCCCUUAUCCCUCCAACACGUUCAUCCAGUGGCAGCUGAGAGCCGACCCCAACUAUAUCAUCAAGCUUGAAUUUGAUACGAUGAACCUGGAGGAGAACUGCAAGAAUGACUUUGUCAAAAUCUACGACUCCCUGGUGGCUAUUGAGAGCCGCGUUAUGGAAGAGAUGUGCGGAUACUACUCACCCAGUGAACCAUUGACCUUUCUGUCUUCUGGCAACGUCAUGCUGGUGACGAUGGCCUCCAAUGAAAAGAAGAACUACCCCGGAUUUAGAGCACAAGUCUCACAAAUCAAACUUGGAAGUAAAAGUAUAACAUGUGGUGGCCAGUUGACGGGCGAAAAGGGAAACUUCGCUUCUCCUAACUUCCCAAAUUACUAUCCUCCCCAAAUUUCAUGUCGGUGGUCGAUCCAGGUCCCUGCUGGUAAGGCGGUGAAGGUGACGUUCAAAAAGUUCCACUUGUCUGAGCCUGGGUGGGAAAACAGUAAGGACUGUCACAAAGACUUCUUGGAGGUCAACGGAAAGAAACUGUGUGGCGAACAUCCAGAGGGAGCAGUGACUGAAACCAGUGACACCAACACAAUGAGCGUGGUGUUUUUCUCUGACGCCUCCUACGUGGACCGAGGUUUCAAUGCAUCGUAUGAGGCCAUCGACAUCACAAACCCUUGUCCAAAGCAGUUCCAGUGUAGAAAUCAGCAAUGCAUUAAAGCAGAGCUCAGGUGUGAUGGCUGGAACGACUGCGGAGACAUGAGCGAUGAACUUAAGUGCACGUGCACUUCAAAAGAUAUCACUUGUAAAAAUGGCCUGUGCAAGCCCAUGUUCUGGAAAUGUGACGGCGUAGAUGACUGUGGAGACAACACAGAUGAGCUGAACUGUGGUGGAUGCAAAUCUGGACAAAUACCAUGUAAGAAUAAAAAAUGCGUUUCCGAGAAGAAUCGCUGUGACGGCAAGGACAACUGUGGGGAUGGGUCCGACGAGCUGGACUGUGGCAGAAGCACUGAUAUUCACUGCACUGAUAUUACAUAUAAAUGUAAAAACAAUAAAUGCAUCAGUAAAGUGAACCCAGAAUGUGACGGGACGGAGGACUGCGAGGAUGGAUCGGACGAGGAGAAUUGCGACUGCGGGAGGAGUGUGUUCAAGACGUCCUCUCGUAUUGUGGGCGGUCAGGAUACAGAAGUAGGGGAGUUUCCCUGGCAGGUCAGCCUCCAUAUCAAAGGUUACGGUCACGUGUGCGGAGCGUCCAUCAUCGGUUCACGCUGGUUGGUCACUGCUGCCCACUGUGUGCAAGACGACGGCAAGACGAGAUACUCCCAGCCCGGCACUUGGGAAGCUUUCCUCGGCCUUCACACCCAGCGGAAUAUUGUAAGUUCCGUGGUGAAGAAGAACCUGAAGCGGGUCAUAUCCCACCCUAACUACAACGCAUACACCUUUGACAAUGAUAUCGCCCUGAUGGAGCUAGACAGUCCUGUCGCCUACUCCGAUUACAUCAGGCCCAUCUGCUUGCCGGCUCCCCAACACGAUUUUCCAAGUGGUGACAUUGUGUGGAUCACCGGGUGGGGCGCCACUCGAGAAGGAGGAUUUGCUGCAACAGUGCUCCAAAAAGCCAAGGUCCGCAUCAUCAACCACUCGGUGUGUGACGAAUUGAUGGAUGGUCAGAUCACUUCUCGGAUGUUCUGUGCCGGAGUGCUGACCGGAGGAGUCGAUGCUUGUCAGGGCGAUUCUGGCGGCCCUCUGUCCAGUCCGGCCAGCAGUCGCAUGUUCCUGGCAGGUGUGGUCAGUUGGGGUGAUGGAUGUGCCCGCAGGAACAAACCUGGCAUCUACACAGCAGUCACCAAAUUCCGUGGCUGGAUUAAAGAAAAGACAGGAGUGUAGAUAUCUGCAAAAUGGCCAAACAAGGCCAUAUUGACAUGAACAUGGACUGAUGACAAGUACUACAGUAUGGAUUGCUUCACCACUCUGACUUUCCAGCUGAUGAAAUGGCAUUGACUCCUUGUCGCAGCUGCAGUGGAAAAUGCAGCGUUUGCUCAAAGGGCAAUUGCAACACAUUUUAUGUCCACUGUGAUUUUAUGAGGGUGGGGUUGAUGAAAUGUUUUCAAAUGUAAAU